AUGGCAAAGACUUCUGUGCGUCCAGGCGGACCGCCACUCAAAUCUCCUUUGGAUUACCCCGACAGCCCUUUGAGUAGCGCGAUCUCAACGCAACCUUUACUCCUCGGUGUCUUUCUCAACCUACAAGAUAUCCACGUAUCUUCAUACCCGACAAGUAAUUCAUGGACCUACGAUUACAAUCUAGCAUGCGUACAAGAAGCAGACCGUCAAGGCUUCGAACUUGCGUUCUCGCGUAUGCAAUGGCUGCCGAAAGGCGGUUAUGACGGAGAAGCUUCACUGGACGCGUUCAUAGCUUUGGGUGCCAUGGCUUCCGCAACGAAGAACAUCCAUCUCAUUUCAACACUCCACGUGCUCUACGGCCCGCUGCAUCCACUGCAUCUUGCGAAAUGGGGUGCGACACUUGAUCACCUAUCUAAAGGGCGAUGGGGUAUCAACGUGGUGACGGGGCACCGUGCGAUCGAGCACGAGAUGUUUGGGGGCGGAAGGAUUGAACAUGACCAGAGAUAUGCAAGAGCAGGAGAACUUUUUGACGUCUUGAACUCGCUCUGGGCAGAAGACGAAAAUCUUAGUUAUGACGCAAACGAAACCGGCAAGGGCAAUGCAUGGAGACUGAAAGAUGCGUUCGUUACACCGAAACCACUCUUUGGGCGGCCCGUACUCGUGAACGCUACUGGAUCACCAGCUGGAAUUGACUUCGCAUCCAGUUACUCGGAUAUCAUCUUCAUCACCUCGCCAGGUGGAGCGCACAUAGACAGCGCGCUAGAAACCCUGCCGGCACAUAUUGCAACGGUCAAAGAAGCUGCGAAGAAAAAAGGCCGAGAAAUCAAAACUCUCAUCAAUCCGAUAAUCGUUAGCAAAAAUACGCCACAAGAAGCAAAGGCAUAUGCGCAAGCUAUUUGGGAGGGAAAACCGAAACAAGAAGAUGUGAAGACUUUUGGUGGAAACAAGCAUUACGACAGUGAUGCGCAAGCAUGGAAAGGAAGGCAAGAUGCGAGGCACAAGCAGGGGCUGAACAUCGGGGGCAAUAUCGAGAUCAUUGGCAGCCCUGAACAAGUGGCAGAUCAAAUUGAGGCGCUGCAUAAGAUUGGCAUUGAUGGAGUGCAGCUGUGUUUCUACGACUUUCUGCCUGACUUAGAACACUUCGGAGAGAAGAUCCUGCCCAUCCUGAAGCAGAGAGGUCUGCGAACCUGA